AGCGAUUUUAGAACAGAACCAGCAGCACUAGAUUUGAACCAACCAUUUACGCUGGGGCUUAGAACCAUAUUUUGUAUUGUAAAACUAUCGUUCAAUUCAACUAAAUAAUUCCAUAAAGUCACUCGGAACCUAAUAUAAACGGUGUAUACAAUGAACACUCGAGAAUGGACUUUAACCUACCAUUCAUGCACGUCAAUCGUACCAUACCAUGAAUGAAGCCGGGAACCCCGAUCACGUUCUCGGUAGUGAUGACCAACAAAUAAUCAAAAAUAAAAGCAGUAGCAUAGGGAGCCAAGAACAAGUGCUACAACAUUGGGAGAUACCUGCAAAGAUACAUGAUCCAGAUAAAUUGCGCGAACAUUGUACAACUGCCGAGAUAAGGCAGUGUACCGCAUCCAGCCCACCAUUCAGCAAAGUGGAGCAGGUGAAGGGGUAUUGGAUCCCAUAGAAACGAACCCGAUGUGCUUUGGCGCUUCGUUGGAUCGAUAAACACAGAGAAGUGUGAUUCAGCAUCGGAAGAGUUUUCCAAAAAAUCCGUGACAGUGUCGUCCGAAAUGGGCGGAAAAGGUAAGAAAAAGCCCGCCGGAAAGCCCGGCGGCAAAGAAUCCCCUGGUGGAAGCGCUGGGGGCGGCGGUGGAUCCAGCACUGCCGGUGGCGGCGAAGAUGACGAGGUGGACGAAGAAGAAUCGGAAGCGAAACCAAAGAAGGGUAAGGGUAAAAAGGGCAAAGGCAAAGGGAAGGGAUCGUCCAAGUUUCAGGGCGAUCUGUUCAGCGAAGCUGCGAUGGAGAACGCGUACUAUGUGUGUCAUAACAUUCAGGAUGUUCUGAAAUCGCGCGGUUUCGCGUGGCCCGAGGGACAGAAAAAGAAAAAGAAAGGCAAAAAAUAAUCAGCGGCAUUGGCGGUGAACACGUUGUCAUGGCAACGUUUUGUUUUCGAAUGCAAUAAAUGCAGCAACAAAAGUGUUUCACCGGUUUCGAAGACGGAGCGUGCGUUUACUUGUCUACGUGUAGGCGCAGGAUGACCGAAUUUUUGAAACCUGGUUUCUGAUGAGGAUGAGGCACGUGUUCCGCGUAUAAGCUCACACGACUAUGAAUGUACCCAUAAUCGGGUUGAUCUUAUUCAAUUCCGUGUAUAGAAGAAGCUCGCAGUGCGUCUGCGUACCCAAAAUGAAGUUGUUUGGCAAACAUUACAUUUUUUCAGGUUUAUUUUUAAAUACUUGAUUUUGGUAGAUUAUGAUCACUGCAAUGAAACAAUAGAUGCCACCACAAAACAAAUCAAUUAAAAAAACCCAAAGAAAUAUCAGGUAGUACUUAAACACCUAGGUGUAAUCAAAAUUCUUCUAAUCGUUAUUGAGUAGGAUCGAUUUUUUUAUACGAAUAAUGCAGAAUAGCAAGAAAUUUGUUUUUGUUUGAUUUUAUAAAUUUGUAGUAAAAUAUUAUAAAAUAUCCAAUGUAAGCAGAAAAAUGAAUGUAAUGAGAG